AUGGACCUGAAGGUGAACAAGUGUUACAGAGGCAGGUCGUGCCCCAUCAUCGUACACUGCAGUGACGGGGCAGGAAGAACUGGCACCUACACGUUAAUCGAUAUGGUCCUCAACAGAAUGUCCAAAGGUGUGAAGGAGAUUGACAUUGCUGCAACUCUGGAGUACAUACGAGACCAAAGGCCUGGAAUGGUGUGUACCAAGGAGCAGUUUGAGUUUGCGUUGACUGCUGUGGCAGAGGAGGUGAACGCCAUUCUGAAGGCGCUGCCCCAGUGAGCGCGCUCAGCACCGCUGCUGUCAACCGUGAGCUGGGGCCGCUGCUUGCCCCUCUGUUAGUCGUCGUUCCCCCCUCACCCCCUCCUCUACCCCCCUGGCUUUAUGUCCCCCCCCACUACCGUCCCCUCACGCUCAGUAUCGUGUCUCUCUGGGGACGGGUCCGGUUCACACCCCCCCUCCCCCUCCCAAGGAAUCUCACACGGAGCCCCCCCCCCCCCCGACAACGCUAGAUC